GACGGUAGCAUCUCAUUGCCGAGCCCGAUACCGGUGAGGACAGAAGUUUUGUUACGCGUUCUGUUGGUGAAAAACGUUUGCCAAAAAGCAGCUCCCUCUAUAUCAUCAUCAUCAUCAUCAUAAUGCAGCAGAAGAACGUUCAGAUUGUUUUGCUGAUGCUGCUGGGCGUUGCUGCAUCGACGAUGGCUUUCUUUACCGAGGAGCAGCACGAGAUCGCCAAAGCAUUGGCUGACUCCUGCCACGCCGAGCUUGGUGGGGAUCUGCCAGAGGACUUUGCCACCAAAAUGCGCCUAGGUGAUCUAACACUGAACAGCGAAAUUUCCAAGUGCACGAUCCAGUGUAUGUUCGCCAAGGUAGGCUUCACGGAUGAGGAUGGCGUGGCGAAUCGGGCAGUGCUGAUCGCCAAACUGUCCAAGGGCAACCCCACCGAGAAGGCAGAAAUGUUUGCCGAUGUGUGCGAAAAGAACGAGGGCGAAAGCAAGUGUGAUAAGGCGUUCAGCUUGUACGAGUGCUACAACAAGAACAAAUCCAUCUUUGACUGAGCCUUGAUCGUCUACACCGUUCCAUCCACACCACCGUUAGACACGCUUCAUCGACAAAGCUAUUGUUGAGUAUAAAAUUUGAGAACACUUCAAAAA